GGCGUGCGGUAGCGCGCUACUCCACACUGCGCCACGCGUGUUCACCGGCACGCAUGUUCGCCAGUAACACGCGUGGUAGGCACGGCACUGCCUAUUGACGUCCACGGGAGGCGUGGCGUGGCCGAUAGAGGGAUAUAUUUACCGCGCGCACGACUUUUCUCUCUCGUGCGCCAACGCAACCGCCGUACGAGUGUACGACGUACGCGACAUACAACGUAACGCAACUCGUAAGGAAGGAAGGAACGGAACGGAGGUUCUCCUCUCCGCGCGUUUGUAAUUUGUCUACUCUUUCUUCUCCUGCCCCGCGUUCGAUCAUCGACGAUGCGCACGUACUCGCGGCGCGGUAGCGCCGAGGUCGAGCGGCUUCCUCGCGGCGCGGGGGAUGACUUUGUUCCUCGUCCUCGUCGCGAUAUCUCUGUGUUUAUCUCUUAACACGGCGCUUUCCCCGAAAGGUGCGACAACAGCUCCGGCAGUGAGUCGGUGAGAAGAGAACGGAGGCGAGAAGAAGAGUGUGACGUAGCGAGAGAGACAGAUGGAUAGAACGAGCAAGAUAGGUGCGCGAACGACCGACCGAUAGAGCCGACGUCUGUUCCGUUAGCAGUGUGCGAGAGUGCGUGCGAGCGACGUGCGCGGCCGCCGUCGAUCGUCGAACGUCGCGCGGACACGAGUGCUGCUUGGUGCUGCUCUGCUGCUGCUGCUGCUCACUACUACUAGUGUUCGUCCGUUGCCGUCACUCAGUCACUGUCGCCGCCGUCGUCGUCGUCGUCAGUGUAGUGUAGUGCGGUGUGGUUCGAGAGUGUCGACAAACCGUGACUCCGCGGCAGUCGGCACCGCAAUCGUUAUCAUUGUCUGACGACAGCCGUCACGGUGCGGACUAUCGUGCGCCCUCAAGGAUCAAGAGACUAGGGAAGCCGAAGCUCCAGAAAUCAGGCCCCAUCACUAAAUCCGAUCGCGAGAAUGGCGAGCAACGCUGUCCCAGUCCUCCUCAUCACCGCGAACGUCGGCAGCAUCUUCGAAGAGCCUAGUGUCAUGCUGAAGAUAUGGACGGAAGAGUUUUUAUCCACCAUAUCGAGGCUGGAUCCAAAAUUUAUAGCGUUGCACUGCCAAGAAGUAGGUGGAAAGAAUUACGAGCAGAGUAUGAGGCACGUGGAGGACUUUGUUAGAUUACUUAUGUCAUCGGAAGAAUUAAGGUUGUUUGACAAAAUUAGGGUAUUUCUUGACGAAGAUUAUUCAUCCGCUGAACAUUUUACGGCUCUAGGAAAUUUCUACUUUGUGCACGAGUCUUUAAACGAUGUUUUAUUAUGGGAUUUUAAUGAGUUGUCUUUUAUAUCUGUAAAUGGAAAAGAUGUCCACUCGGGCAACAUAGAGGCAGUUAGUACCAAAGAGAAAGCUAAGUUUCCUCAAGAAUUUUUCCCAGAAUGCAAAUGGUCCAGAAAGGGUUUUCUGCGUACCCGAUGGAGUAUUAGUGGAACAGUUUUUGAUCUCAUAAACAUACACUUAUUUCAUGACGCGAAUAAUUUUAUUGCUAUGGAAAUGUUUCCAUCGGUAUACAAUAAAACGCGCAGAAGAGCGCUUGAGCAUACAUUAAAUAAAUUUCAUAAUGACAAAUAUCCAAAUGUGCCGUAUUUUUUAUUUGGUGACUUUAAUUUUAGGACAGAUACAGCAAAUGUAAUAAAGAAACUAACGGAAAAUACUCAAGAAAAGAAGUUAUCAAAUAAGGGAAAUAUUUCGAAAUUGCAAUUUCACAACCAAAAUGAUGAUCUCAUAUUAACGUUAGGCAAAAAAGAAUUUUCUCAUUAUGAGCAUCAGAACAUUUUCAUCAAAAAUAAUGGUGAAUGGUUACGCGACUAUGAUAAAGAACUGGGAGACUUUGAAGGAAGGUUAUUCGAAUUUCCAAUCAACUUUGUGCCAAGUUACCCGUUUCAGGAAGAUAUUAACGAGCCUGUAAAUUAUAUGCAAACAAGAGUGCCAGCUUGGUGCGAUCGGGUUUUAUUGAGCCCCACUGCAAAAACGCUAGUCCAAAAUAUUGAUGAUUCCAAGGCAGUGGAAUACGGUAUAAUCGGCCCAAAUACGUGCAUGGGUGAUCAUAAGCCAGUCUACUUGGAGGCUACUCUCGUUUCGGAUGCAGGUAUGAUAGACUGCUGCAACUUGCCAAUUGCAUCUGAGUUUUGCUUCCGAGUGCCCAACAAUUAUCUGGAGUUGUUAUCCAUGUUGCCUGAUUGUAAUAGUUACGCUAACGCGCGCUCGGAUUCUAUUUCAUCUAAUCUGUUGCACGCAAUACCUGUUAAGCAUGAUCCUUACACGCCAGAUAGUAUGGACAGUCCGAGUCCAAAUGCGCUGAUGGCUUCCGGAGAGGUUCCGGAUUUAUAUACGGAUCACAUCGACAGCAAUGUUGGCGGUGACAAUGCGACGUCAUUGCUGCGAUCGACUCAGACAUCGAACAUGUCAAGACGACACAUUGAUCGAGCUGUGUCGCCGGCUUUAUUGAAGUCCAGAUUAGAACUGAUUGUGCAAAAUAAGAAACACGAGGACUCGGAUCUGGAAGUAGACGCCUCGGACAUCAAGAGGAGUCCCAGCGAAUGCCAUUUGCGCUCCUGGUCCGAUGCUGAUGAUCAAUGGUGCGUAAGAAAAAACAGAUGCAACAGCGAUGUAUCAUGGCAACGAUCCCACGUAUUAACAGAAGCUUGGGUCCAAAGUAAGGGGCAGCAAGGUUAUCAUUCUUUCAGUAAUUUUGCGAACCAAUCCUCCUCGAACUCGAGUCCUCCGGACAUCGUCGACGGAUUACCGCCUGAUCUGAUUAUACCGCGAAUAGCAAUAAUAAACGCGAGUAACUUCGAGUCAAACGCAAGCUCUACAUACUUCCACGACGACAGAUUAAGUAAUUAUUCGGAAAACAAACUGAGCACAUAUUCAGAUGGUCGAACAAAAACACUGAGUGGCGAUGCUAUAAGUUCGGAAAAAUCGGAAAUUUGUGACAAGAUGGAUGAGGAAGAAUGCAGCAGAUUGAAGAUUAUAAGUUGUGAGAGCAAACAAAAGACAUGUACCUCGAAGAAUACAACGAGAAGUAAUUCGACGCACAGUCAGGAUAUCAGUGACGCAGGAAACGUUAGAUUAAAGUUGAAAGCUUAUAAAGUCACUGAACGAUAUAAGAGCAACAUUAUGGAAAGGCGGACUAGAUGUAGAAAGUGUUGUUGUGUAGUAUCCUGAGGAUUUAUUUUAGUCUGCAUCUUAGAGUUUGUGUAUAAUGUUCCUCAUUUAUUUAUCAUAUUGAGCAUCCAUGUCGAAUCGAGAACGAAGAAAUGGCUUCAUCUAUUUAAAAAUAUUGCGCGAAUGUGACUCUUAUCGAAAUCAUACUUCUCCGCUCUCGAUUUGUCUCGGAUGCAACAAUCGCUAUCACUGCGAUGGCAAUCGGGUAUACUUUUUUCUACUUAUAUAGAGUAUUCCUUUCAUACAUUUUAUUUCCUUGUGCUAUUCUCUUGAUUUACUAAGUAAUAAUCAAGACAGUUUACAG